ACUACUCCUUGCGAAACAAACAACACGCUGACACCGUGACACGCAUAAAUCUCAAAAACUUCCUUAAGAAGCACAAAAAAAAAAAAAAAAAAAAAAUUCCCCCAUUCUCUUUCCUCCUCAACAAAAUCCCCAUUUCCUCUCAUAUUUUUAAAGGUCCGAACAUCCCUCGCAAAACCCAUACACACACCAACACCAACAACAAAAAAAAAAAAAAUAUGGAGACCCAACAAUUCCUAAGCUCCGUCCUCUCCCAACGCGGGCCUUCCGCCCUCCCAUACUCCGAAGACACCAAAUGGCUAAUCCGCCAGCACCUCGUUGCUUUAACCUCCGCAUACCCAUCUCUAGACCCCAAAACCGCCACCUUCACCCACAACGACGGCCGCUCCGUCAACCUCCUCCAGGCCGAAGGCACCAUCCCGGUUUCCUUCCAGUCCGUCACCUACAACAUCCCGAUCAUAAUCUGGCUCAUGGAGUCCUACCCCCGCCACGCGCCCUGCGUCUACGUCAACCCCACGCGCGACAUGAUCAUCAAGCGCCCUCACCCUCACGUCAAUCCUUCGGGCCUUGUGGCAAUCCCUUACCUACAGAAUUGGAUCUACCCGAGCUCCACCCUCGUCGAACUCGCCCGGAAUCUCAGCCUCCACUUCGGCCGCGAUCCGCCGCUCUACUCGCAGCGCCGGCCGAACCCUAACCCUAGCCCUAAUUUUAACCCUUAUGGCCCCACUCACGCGCCGGCGGCGGCGGCCUACACGCGCCCUGCGAUUCCUCCGCCGCGGUCCUACCCGGCUUCCCCUUACGGUGCUGCCGCGGCGGUGGCGGCGCAGACGGAGGAUCCGUCGGAGGUGUUCAAGAGGAAUGCGGUGAACAAGCUCGUCGAGAUGGUGCACGGCGAGGUGGUUUCGAUGAGGAAGACGCGUGAGGCGGAGAUGGAAGGGAUGUUCAACGCGCAGUCGGUGCUCCGGUACCGGGAGGAUCAGCUGAGGAAAGCGGUGAAGGAAAUGCACGACGAGAAGGAAGGGUUGGAGCAGCAGUUGCAGAUGGUUCUGAUGAAUGCGGAUAUUCUCGAAUCUUGGUUGAGAGAGAACGAAGCGAAGGUGCGUAGCUUCGGAGAAGGUGUGGACGUGGACGACGCGUUCGAGUGUAUGGACGCGUUGUCGAAGCAGAUGAUGGAUUGCACGGCGGCGGACUUGGCGAUCGAGGACGCCGUGUACGCGCUCGACAAGGCGGCGCAGGAGGGGGCGGUGCCGUUCGAUCUGUACUUGAGGAAUGUGAGGCUCUUGUCGCGCGAGCAGUUCCUUCAUCGCGCCACCGCCACGAAAGUCAGGGCUGCGCAAAUGCAGACUCAGGUGGCUAAUAUGGCUGCUCGGAUAUCGCACUAUGGUGGGGAUCCUGAUGCGUUGCCGCGUGUUCGAGCUUGAUUUUGAUUUGCUACACGCUGCUCUGUGCCUUCUAAUUGCUGCAUUGGAAAUGUUCUGCAAGGCUUGGACGUCCAACACUAGAAAUUUUUUAUGUGCCAUGUACUUGAUCCACAAUAGUACAUGACAGUAUGUGAAUAUAUAACUAUGUACAUAUUUUCUUUCGCAAAUGAAAUUUGUAUAUCAUGUAUGACAAACAUGACCUUAUUGCACGGGAAUUUUCAGUUUCAAUCCCUUAAAAUAAAAGCCCGUUUUCAUUAGUUUGUAUAUUUGGGAUCCAUAAAGCCGAUCUCAAUUUUAUUGGGAUUAAGGCUUUAGUUAAGUUCAUAAAUAUUCUUUAUGUUCU